AAACAAACAGUGUCGGUGAUUAUGUAAGUUUCUCGUAUGGUGUUCAUAUAUCAUACCACGAAGGAGUACUCCCUCAUUAUGCUAAUCCACGUCAGUGUUUAUAAACAAGCUGACAACCAACCCCGACCCUUACAUCUCAAUGGCUCUCUGACGUACCUUGAGAAUAAUUGUAUUAUACGUUUUUCUAUAUGUUAUUGUACUACCUUUGUCAUCAGUUAGCGUUUCUUUCAAUAGUCACUUCACCUAGAUAACACUCCUCCAAUGGAAUCACAAUAUCGUCGUAAAUUCUCUCUAAGCUAUUGCGGUCAGGAUUGUCAAAGGAUACCGCCCUCGUUAUGGAACAUGUAUGGGGCAAAAGUAAAUUACCUAGAUUUAAGUUACAAUAGUAUAGAGACACUUAAAGGUUUGGAAAACUUCAAGAAACUAGAAGAACUUAUAUUGGACAACAACAGAUUAGGCGAUUCAGUCGCCUUUCCCUAUAUGCCACAUUUGAAGACGCUAUCAUUAAAUAAUAAUCAGAUAACAGACUUGGAUGGUUUAAUAAAUAAGAUAUGCGAGAACUUUCCCUCGCUGUCAUACCUGAGUUUGCUGAGUAAUAAGGCAUGUCCCAACCAGCUGUCUGAUCAAGAGAAAGAUGACACAGAUUAUCAGAGAUACAGGUACUUCGUCCUAUACAAGAUCCAGAACCUACGUUUCCUAGACUCGCGUCGUGUCUCGUCGUCUGAGCGUCGCGAGGCCGCCCGAAAAGGGGACUUCGCGAGAGUUAGACGACCUCCUCCUCCCCCGAACACUUCACCCCCCACACCACAACACGCUCUGGCGAGGCCCCUGCCUCUGGAUCUCAACGCCCUUGGUAAACAUAAAGGUGCUUACGGUAAAUGUCUUUACAAAUACACGGGGAAGCAUUCCGAGGGCAACAGGUUCAUUGUUAACAGCGAUCUGUGAAAAACUAUCAUAGUAUUGUAUGUGCCAUAUUAGUCGAAUAGUUAUUGUAUCACAGUCAUCACACAGGGUUUCUCAUAUUAAAUUUACGUUAAUUUUUCUAACGACCGAACGUAGGUACUUUAAAUUUGAAUGAGAAAAAUUUAAUGUAUUUUUAGGUAAGUGAAAUCUAUGUAAAUAUCACUUUGUUCUGAGACGAAGCGAUGUUUUCAGGUUGUGUUAAAACGAUUCAAUCCAUGGAUCAAGUAAUAUUCAUAAUCUUUAAACAUUCCGAUAUUCAACCCCUAUUAUGUUAGUAUAGAUUUAAAAGUGAGCGCCACCUUUAAUGACUAUAUAAUGUAACCGAAUAGUCAUCAUAAGGAAUUCUAUAGAGGGAGCAUCUAAAUCACUUUCACUUAUACAUUUCUUAAUACAUAUAAUCAAUUUUAUAUGUUGCAUAGACUUUAUAGAAGUGGUCUAUAAUCCAACAGGGUUUGUCUAUGAUUAUAUUUUUUGUUUAAAAUAAAUGAAAUAUUUAAUGGAGCUUUAUUCAUUAGAAUCAAUGGAAUAUGAUUUAAUGUAUAGUAGUUUAUUUUUGAUUUAAGUAUUCCUCUGGCUAUUGUAAACCAUAGUAAAGUUAUUCUAGUAUUUUAUAGUUUUAUCUAUUUUUUACUUUUAUAUAAUUGUAUUCAUUUGUAUUUGUGCAAUAAUAAUUGAUUAAAUAAACCACAUCUUAACUGCCA